UGCGUAUAGUUUACUGAUGAGUUCAGAUAUGUGGUGAUUGGGCGAUCUGUCAGAAAGAUUAUUUAACAGUUCGCUAUAAAUUGGUUCAGAAUUGAAUUUUUUAAUUCUGCAAUCGUAUUGUGGAUUAUAAAUUUCCUUCUGUCACUUGUAAGAUGGCGUUAACAAAUAUCUUACUUCUCAGUCAAAUAUCUGGAUAUGUAGUUGCUCUUAUUUUGUCACUUUGUAUUAUUAUACCUAUGAGUUUACAUCAGGAUGAAUUUAGAGGACAUUGUCUAUUAUUCUCGACAGGAACUUGGCAAGAGACAGAUGGUCAGUUUAUAGUAAACUGGGCCCGACAAGCUUAUUGUAACUAUACAAUAUUUGUUGGUUUGGUGUUGCUAAUAACAUCCGCGAUACAAAUCUAUCGACUUUCUAUAUUUAUGUACCGUGGAGAGGAUAGUUCCUUUCUGUCUGCAUUCAUAGAUGUUGUCAGUUCAAUAAUUCUUACAAUAAUCACAUUGGUUGCUGCAAUCAUUAUUACGCUUGGGUUUAUGACCUGGUGCCAAUGUAUGACAAAAAGAUUUCCAUCGUGUGAAUUAGCAGCUGGAAAUGACAUUGAUAAAGCUGAUGGAAUAGAUACAUCUGGUUUUCACAUUGAAUUAGGAGCAGCCCAAUUUGGAACAUGGACUAGUUUAUCAAUUUGGGUUGGUUUAUCAGUAUUUGCAGUAUUAAAAUUAUUAAGAUAUCAUCAAUUAGAAAAUAUGAAAGUUUCAAUGUAUAGAGAAAGACAAAGAUUAAUAGAGGCUGCCAGAAGCAAUGAAAUUCAAGAAUCAACAUAGAAAUAUGAAUGAAAAUGUAAAAUUUAAUGUUAAGAUAGUAGUAUUUUUUUAUCUAACUAACUCUUCUGAAGAAAUAUUUAUAUCUUAUGAAAUCAGUUUUCCAAACGCACACUUUAUAAUGGAUAUAAUUAAAGUAACAUAUCUUGACCUAAAAUAACUUUGCUAUUUAUUAAAUACUCUAAUGACUAUAAUCAUUCAAGUAAAAAAUUAUAUAUUAAAAUGAAAAGUUUUGUUUUGUAAAUAUAAUUUACUAGAUAAUUUUUUUACCUUUAUACAUAUCAAGGCUGUAGAAAAUUAUAAUCCUCAGUUUUCAUAACUAGUAUUAAAAUUUACAGUAGUAAGUUUAUUUUAUUUAAUUUAAAUAACGUCGAAUAUAUUAAAAUAUAACGUAUUUUAUUGUUGUAUUAUAUUUUUGUGGAUUCAUUUAAAUAAUUUACAUAAAGAAAUGUUAAACCCAACAAAGAUAAAAGUAUACAAUUAUCACAUGUACAUAAAUUAAGAACUUCGUGUUAUAAACAAACUUACUUAAUUAGUUAAGAAAUAUAUUUUGUAAAUAUGUAUAUUAUAUAUUCUCAUAAUAUAUUCAAAUCGUAAUAUAUUUGUUGAUUGUACUGAAACAACUAAAUGAACAUAUAGCUCUUUGCAAGAAA